AUGCGAUGGGCCGGAAAGGGUGACUCACGGGAGGCAGUGCGAUGGGCUGGAAAGGGUGACUUACGGGAGGCAAUGCGAUGGGCCGGAAAGGGUGACUCACGGGAGGCAGUGCGAUGGGCUGGAAAGGGUGACUCACGGGAGGCAAUGCGAUGGGCCGGAAAGGGUGACUCACGGGAGGCAAUACGAUGGGCUGGAAAGGGCGACUCACGUGAGGCAGUUCCAGAGUUUGGAAAGGGUGACUCACGGGAGGCUAUUCCAGUGGCUGGAAAUGGCGAUUCACGGGAGGCAGUGCUGUGGGUCGGAAAGGGUGACUUACGGGAGGCAAUUCCAGUGGCUGGAAAGGGCGAUUCACGGGAGGCAGUGCUGUGGAUCGGAAACGGUGACUCACGUGAGGCAAUUCCAGUGGCUGGAAAGGGCGAUUCAUGGGAGGCAGUGCUGUGGGUUGGAAAGGGUGACUCACGGGAGGCAGUUCCAGAGUUUGGAAAGGGCGUUUCACGGGGGGCAAUGCGAUGGGCCUGA